GUGAGAGCUCCUCUUCUUCUUCUUCUUCUUCUCUUCUCUGCUCCUCCUCCGUCUCCUCCGCUAGCUUAGCCUACUAGCCUACCUCAGGUAAACAUGGCCCUGUCCCAGGCUCUGUCAGAGGAGGAGUUCCAUCGGAUGCAGGCUCAGCUGCUGGAGCUCAGGACUCAGAACUACCAGCUGUCUGAUGAUCUCAGGAAGAACUCGGCCGAACUGAACGCCGUCCGUCAGAAAAAUGCGGUUUUGGAAAGAGAUUUUGUCAAAGCACAGAAGGCUUUGAAUAAGAGCAAGAAGGCUCAGGAGGUGGAGGCACUGCUGAGUGAGAAUGAGAUGCUUCAGGGGAAACUCCACAGUCAGGAGGAUGACUUCAGACUACAGAACAGCACGCUGAUGACCGAACUCUCUAAGCUGUGUACGCAGAUCGAGGAGCUGGAGCAGGAGAACCAGGGUCUGAAGGACGGAGCAGCCUCUGCACCCAGCCCCCCCCCAAACCCCACCUCCAGCCCUGUGGAUGGAGAGCUGCUCCGCCUGCAGGCCGAGAACUCCACCCUGCUGAAGAAAAUGAAAACUCUCCAGGAGCGCUUCGACAUGGAGCAACAGAGACAGCCGGUCGCCGAGGGCAACCAGAGCGCUGCCAUGGAGACAGCCGGCGCCAACGGAGUCUCUGAUGCCACAGGGAAGGGGGAGGAGCCGACAUCAGAGGGAGCCAAUGAGAGACUAGAACAGAAGGAGGCUCAGCUGGAACACAAAGAGAAACAGCUACAUGGCCUGUCAGAGAAGAGCGUAGAGAAGAUUGUAGCUAAGCAGGCAGCGAUAGGCUGGUCGGCUGCUCUCUGUCCAAUAACUCACUGCUUUGGACCAGAGCUGGAGAUGGCACUGAACACCGAGCAGGAGGAGAAGAGGCUGCUGAGGGAGCAGAUCCACGCCCUGGAGGCGUCCAAACAGGCAGAAAUCACCAAACUGCAGGAAGAGAUAACAAAGCUGACUGACAAGUUAAAGAAGAAGCAGGAGAGUUUUCAGCGUCUGCAGGGAGAGAAGGAGGCUCUGUACAACGACAGCAGGACAAAGAUUGAUGAGAUCAACCAAAGAAAAGAAGAAGAGCUGAAGGCCACGAACAUCCGCAUCCAGAAACUCCAGUCAGACGUCCUGGCAGCCAAUCAGGUGACAGGUGAGCUGAGGGAGCAGCUGCAGAGCAAAGAGAAAGAACAUGAACUGGCUCUGCACAUACUGAGAGACCAGGUAGCCAAUCAGAGUGCAGUGAGUCAGGAGCAGGUGGACAGCAUCCUGCAGGAGAACGAUGCUCUGAGGACAAACCUAGCUGCUCUAGAACAGGAGAACAGUGCUCUGAGGACUAAUCUGAGCGCUCUGGAACAGAUCCAGACGGUGAAGACGCAGGAGAUGAAUCUGUUGCGUGAGCAGCAGGAGGCGCUGACCCAGGAUCUGCAGCAGAGACGAGCCGAGCAGGAGAGUCUUCUGAACCAGAGGGACGACCUGGACUCACAGCUGCAGGAGUCGAGUUUUGCCAACAGGAAGUUGUUGGAGCAGCUAACAGAGGAAGGACAAGAGAAGGACAAACUGCUGAAAGAUCUGGACGAGGCCAAGAAGACGGCAGAGAAGAGGAAGGCCAUGUUGGAUGAAAUGGCGGUGCAGCUGAUGCAGGAGAAGUCCGACCACAAGGAGGCGCUGUCUGACCUCAAACUGCAGCACGAGAAGGAGGUCCUCGGAGUGAGGGCUCGAUAUGAGAAGGAGCUCCGAGGCCUUCACGAAGACAAGAACCGCUCCGAGGAGGAGAUCCGACAGCAGCUGCGAGAUGAAAAGGCGCGGUCGAAGGCGCUGGAGGGGCUGCAGCAGCGGGUCGAGGAGCUGCAGGCUCAGGUUCUGUCCAUGGAGGGAACCAAGGGAUGGUUCGAGAGACGACUAAAGGAGGCCGAGGAGAACAUCGAGAAGAAGACUCUGGAACAUCAGGAGGAGGUUGAGCGGCUGCAGAAAGAACACACACUUCAGCUGGAGGAGAAGCAGUCGGAGAUGGAGGGGUUGAAGCAGCAGCUGCAGGAGGUGGAGAAACAGACGGAGGAGCACAACGCCGCCAUGGAGAAACUCAAACAGGAGAUAAAGGACACUGUGGACGGGCAGAGGAUUCUAGAGAAGAAGGGAAGUGCAGCGCUGAAGGACUUGAAGCGGCAGCUGCAGCUGGAGAGGAAGAGAGCGGACAAACUGCAGGAGAGACUGCAGGAGAUUCUGACCAACAGCAAGACCAGGACAGGUCUGGAGGAGCUGGUUCUGUCAGAGAUCAACAGUCCCAGUCGGAGUCAGCCCACCGGAGACUCGUCCUCAGUCUCCUCCUUCUCCUACAGAGACAUGAUGAAGGAGUCCCAGCCGACCAAUCAGAGCAAGUCUGGAGGAGGCAGCCCUCAGUCUCAGCGUCCGGCCGAGUUAUCUGACGACGAGGUCGGGGAGUUGUUCCAGCGCCUGGCCGAGGUGCAGCAGGAGAAAUGGAUGCUGGAGGAGAAGGUGAAACAUCUGGAGGUGAGCUGCUCGUCGAUGGCUGAAGACAUCUGCAGGAAGAGCUCCAUCAUAGAGACCUACGUGAUGGACAGCCGCAUCGGAUUUUCGGGCAGUGCGGUUGGAGGUCACGGAGGUCACGGGGGUCUCGGAGGCGUUCUGGCGGAGAGAGGCGGUCUGGGUUCGGUGCUGCGAGAUCUGGUGAAGCCGGGAGACGAGAACCUGAGAGAGAUGAACAAGAAGCUGCAGAACAUGUUGGAGGAGCAGCUGACCAAGAACAUGCACCUGCAGAAGGACCUGGAGCUUUUGUCCCAGGAAUUAGUCCGUCUCAGUAAAGAGAAUCCUGGUGGCGGUGCUGCCGGAUCGAGAUGAGACUAUCGCCUGGAAACAUCCGUCCCUUCCCUUCCUUCUCACUACUGUUGAUCACCUCAGCUGGAGAGUUUGGGCUGGGCUCAGACUAAAACCUGGAAACAGCAUUUCUUCCUCUUUCAUUCCCUGCGUUUGUGACCUCAGACCGGUUUUGAAAGGUGUAGAAGAAGAAACUAAAGACAAGACGGGAAUGGAAAAGUUUGGUCAGCUCUUUUGUGUUGCUAUUGAAUGUACUGUAAUUAGACUGCACCACUCAGUUCCUCUGAGCCCUGGCUACAACCUGGAAAACAAACAUUGUAACUGACUGUAACGCUUUACUUUAUGCUUGUUUCUGUCCGAAGGUGAUUUCAGAAAAGCACCUUUAAGAUUCUAAUGUCUGGCUUAUGGGUCCGGGCUAUGUCCUGGAAAACAGUUGCCUGGUAUAUAACUGAAUGAAUGAUUUAUUUCAUUGUUUAUGUGCAGUAACUCUGUUGUGAUCUGGCUAUUUACUGGGCUUCCUGUCUGCAGCUAAAUACUUCAGUAGUAAAUGCCCCGUGGGGUCUGUCUAUGACCUGGAUUGCAGAGAUUCAUAACCGACAGAAACUACGAUUUCAUUGACGUUUAAGAUCAUUUUUCCCUUCUUCAAAACUGAAAUUUGACCCAAGAUUUCAGCCACAUUUCAUAAUAUCUCCUCGGAUGUAACAGAGAUUAUUUCAGUUCUUCUUCCUGAUGAUGAAAGCCAUGCAAUGUGACGGAAACCUAAAGUAACAAAUAAUAAGUUAGUGGAGCUGUUUGUUAAAUGGUAAAACGUUUUUUGUUCACCUUUUCUCUAUUUUCUUAUGUUUUUCUGCCAAAGUGACCAAUGGCAAAUUUGAUAGUAUGGCAUUUUUUAUCGAUAUUGGAUAAACGGUUGCCCCUUUACAUCUCUUAGACACAAAAACAUAAAGGGAAUAGAGUACGAUUUUAAUUUAUACAUGGCAGUUAGUCGAGCUACUAUAACUAGCUACAUCAACAAAUAAUCAGUGACCGAGAAAUGUACGAAAAGUCUGUAGCUUUGCAGAAAUAACAACUCUUGUUUCUCUAAAAAUGAAACAUGUUAAGCUAUCUCCUGCUAACAACAUUCAACGCAAAUUAUAAUGUGCGACAUAUUUUCUAAAAACUCACUUGAACUCAUUUAAUCAAUGUGUGUUCAUCGGCCUAGGCUAUGUCAUGGAGCAAAAACAAACUUUACUCAUAUGUUAACUGAUUGAAUAUUGUUUUUGUGGUUGUUUCUGGGCCAUGGGUAUUUCCUGAACAUGUUUUGUGUCUUUUGGUUGUUUGUUGGAAAGACACGUUUUUGUUUCCCGGUUAUUAUGUGGAACUUUUACCUUUUUUUUAUUCAUGUUCCAAAAUCUGCAAUGAAAAACAAAUCCUUGUUGGAAAUCCACCUCCGUCUCCUGUCAUUGAAUACGUUUCAUUACAGGAAUGUGACAUGGUUCAGUCUAUUUGCUGGAUUUUAAAGACUGUAAUGCAUUUAAGACUUGGUGGUUUCGGGGUUUUAUCCAAAAAGAAAGAAGUCAUACAUGUAUCAGAAUAAUUAGAAUUUAAGUGCAUGCAAAAAUGACACAUUCACUAUUUUUCUGAUAUAUGAGAAUACAAUUAGUUAAAGAAAUUUGCUUUUUAAAAAGUCAGUCCUCUGGGGCGUCUGGUUUAUUUAAGUCUGGUUUGGAAAAUGAAAACUGAAAAGACUGUCUUGUCAAUUUGCUUUGUUUGUUUUGGAUAAUUCUGCGCUCUUGAAUCACAAGAACUGUUUGUCUUGCACUAUUAAUUUUGUUGUGACUUAUUUCCAUCCCUACUGGGAACACCAAAUGGUGCAACAAAAAAAAAAGAAAAGUGAAACUGUCAGCCUGCUAUUCCAUGUUUUCUGUUGGACUCGGUCUACUUCCUGCUUGAAACAACGUAUCUUAUUAUUUUGACUGUAUCUUGAAAUCUGUAACAAAAAUGGAUGAAGUUAGACUUUUUAACACACACUAACUGUUGGCUCUACCUUUGUUUGCUACUUGGACCCUGACUACAUCCUGGACUGAACCUAUUGCACUGGCUGCUUCUGGUGACCGGGCUCUGACUAAAUCCUGGAUAUUAUGCUUGUAGCAUUAUGUUGUAACUGCCUGAACAUUUCUGCUUUAUUUUUUUGUUUGUACACUGCAAAGGAAUAUACAUUUCAGUCUGAACUUCUCAGAGCGAGUGAGAAAAACUCGACUUGUUUUCAGGCAGCUUUUACUCAACCUCAGAUCCUUAAGACCCAAACUUGAAGGCAUUAUUAAAUAUUGAAAUGAAGGUAAAUGUAGAGAAAUAUGAUCUUGAUGUCAUACUGUAAAUCAAAUUUUAAUUACUUAACAAUUAAGGUUUCAGCUGCACUGAAAACGCUUAAAAGUUUUCCCUCUUUCACUGAGACUGACUGAGCGGGAUCGGUCUAUGUGCUGGACAGUGACUCGGCCCGUUGCUUUGUUUGUUUGUUUAAAUCUGUAUAUAUAUACACGCUGUGAUAUGACUUCUAACUGUAUGAAGAAUCAACCGAUCUAUUUAUGAGACUGAUGAUUAUGACGCUAAUUAUUGCAACAUGAGAAAAUAUGAUAUAAAAAUUAUUGUCUGGAGA